CGACGCGCCAGCCAAGUUUGAGCUGCAGCCCUUCCGAUUCUUCGCUCAAGUGCGUACUGAAGUUCUGACGUGAUUUGCAAAGCAGCGCAGACUGGCCGUCAUGGCUGCCGCCUUUGGCAUUGUUGAAAUGAGCUGGGAGCACCGUUCGAAAAUGCAUGGUGGUUUGAUUGAAAAGUGCAUUCCCUGAAGCUGUUCCUAAUCUGGUGCAACAGACGGCGAAUACGGCAGUUCAAGCGUAGUGACUACGGGCCAGGCGCUAGUCUGAUUGCAGCACACUGACAAUGGAAGGCGCAGAUGGAAGCAUGAAUGUUCCAACGCAAGCAGGGACAGCAUCAAAGGCGGUGUGGCGUGAUAUCCUCAACCAAUUGCUGGCCUCAGAGGACUCUUCAGCGAUAGAGAAGCUUGGGGCAGCUGCGCGAUCUUCUCUGACUGAUAUCCUCAAGGAAGGGUCUGGGGUGGGUCAUCUCUGGCCGCCAGUCCUAAAGGGCCUCUCGGUUCCUUUGGAAAUCAGCACCUUAACAAGUCCUGACAGCAGCCCGACAGUCGCCCUCUUCCACCGACGCGCUUCCGUCUACAUGGAUCUCCUGCAAAUCCUGCUUGCGGCUCAACUAGAGCUACCCAAGAGGGGCACAGAAGAAAAGGCCCAAGUAUCAGAUGCCAUCCUUGCUAGCACGGUCUAUGCUUUAAUAGGGUCAGAGGGAACUGAUGGCUCCAUCUGGACGAAUCCAGAACUUUCCAGAAAAGCACACGAAGUCAUUCUCCUGGCGGGGAGGCAACCUGUAGAAACCCCACCAGCUGUGCUGCGGCAGGGGGCGCAGAGUCAGGAUAGCAGCAGUCUAGUUCGGAAACCCCCCACAACAUUGGCAACUCCUAAGUCAGAGGAAGAGUCUAUUCAGUUGAUUCUACUUGCGCAUCUUGAUAGGUUCUUAUCAAAGCUACACCCCACCCUCCGGACGAAAGCCCCAGGUUCAGACGAGGCCUCGUUCCGGGGCUCCGAGGAGGCGCCACGUGGCGCCGCCAUACUGGCCGCCCACCAGCUCUCCUUCAUCAUUCGCUCCAUCGGCUUUCCUGCUCUAGGCCCUGUAAUCAACAAAGCGAUGCCAAGUGUGCUCACAGCAGUGGACCACUGGGCGCCACCCGUCAAGAAACAGGGCCUCCUAGCGCUAGCUCACGUCGUAGAGAACGUAACGGUGGCGGAACUAAGUUGGUGUGGAGAAGUCGUGAUGGAUGCGCUGUGCAAGACUGCGGUGGGGUGCGAUGAGGAGGUGUGGCCGGUCGCGCUGCCGACGCUGGUCACAGCGACGGUCAAGAUUGCGGGGAGGGAUCCACGUCAGAAGUGGUACUCCCACGUCCUUUUGCUCCUUCUUCGUGACAUGGAACUCCACUAUACCGACGUGCCGCGCCGCCUGGUCUGGCUUCGGGGGAUCCCUCCCCUCGUGGACGCCCUCCGCUUGUUCGUGGUUGCGCACUUCAAGCGGCUUAUGCCGCUGCUGCUGACGUGGCUCCGGGCGCCGGACGCUGAGACGCGAGUUCGGACGCUGGACCUGCUGAAGCUGGUGAUCUUGAACACGUGGCCACGGAUGCCGGCACAUGCCGACCGGCUGACGAGCGAGCUGAGGAAGGCGUCGGAAGCGAGCGAGCCGGGUCACGACCGGACAGAAGCCCGCGAAAAGAGCGAGGAGGCGUGCCAACUGCUGCAAAGGUGCAAGGAGCAUCAGCAAAGGUGUCAAUCCAUAGAGGCCCCAGGAAUCCGUGCUUAGUGCUGGUACGGACCGAGUGUACAUAGCGGGAAGCCGUUUGUGCGGAGGACUGGACCUGUAGGGCUCGAGAACCUGUAGGGUCGCACCUAGUAUUCAAUAUUGCCUUGGAGAUCGGGCGAACGAGAAUUCUGUCGCAUAGCCUAAGGGUAGCAAUUCCGGGCGUUAUCCCUCAAGAGAGACAUUACCAUCUCAGCCUGAUCUCGUAUAAGUCUGCAAGUUUCGGCCUUCUGUGCCUUCUGUAAAUAGCGGAAUCAUCAAAUCAGGUACGUCAAGGUGUUACUGCUGUUAUGUGAUAGCGGAUCUGUGAGAGGGUGUCACCUUGCGAGCGCGUUCAAGACUCUUCAAGAAAUCCUUCUUUACUUGUGACGCUAUCCGUGAAACAGAUUAUGAGCAAUGUAGAGCUCUUUGAUCGCUUUGCCAAGCUGAGCUAGAGUGCCAUAGCUCUUUUUACGGGCUGAAGGUAGCGUCGGAGGUAUUGGAGCGCAGUUGCGGGCCAUAGUCUCUGGCUUGUUGCCGGAACAUUGUCAAGGCGAUUGAUCUAAGCUAUCAAUCACAAUCAAGAUCAUGAGCGGGAACAAGACGGUCGGACGGUGGUUAGUCAUUAUCAGCAUACGAGUCCUGCACUAAAAUGGCCGUGAGAAGGGGUACCUUGUGAUUUAUCGUGCUCGGACUUGCAAUUGCCAA